AAAACGUUUGAAGCCCAAAAUACAAGUACCAAAAUCGUACCGGUGACUCGACCGUGACCUAAAUCAAGCCGGCAAACGUUGGUUUUGUUGUUGGCACCAGACAUCUAACCGACGACUAUAAAAAGAGCCAAAAGAGGUGCGGCUUUCUUGAUCCCGCGCUCAAAUAGCAACAAUGCUCCUAAAAAUGUAAAAUUCAUGGCCACGCUAAUCCAACAAACCAAAGGCAAUUCCUUGCUGUCGCGCUUCAAGGCCUUUCUUGCGUUUCAGAAAUAUAAGCACACGUUUUCUCAAGAUAGACGUCGGAGACGGCACCCUGCUGAUAUGGGUUCUGACUCUGUGGUCGAGACAGGUGAAAUUGACUUCUCAAAGUGGAGGAAGCUUGACUCAAGGAACUUUGGGAUAAGUAGCUCAAGGAUACCAGCAUCUCCGUGGAUUGUGCUGAAGGUUCUCCAAAGUCAAGGUUUUGAAGCAUACCUUGUUGGUGGAUGUGUCAGAGAUCUAAUUCUCAAUAGAAUACCAAAAGAUUUUGAUGUAAUCACAACUGCAAGGCUUUCACAGAUAAGAAGGCAUUUUGAUCGUGCUGAAAUUGUUGGACGACGGUUUCCAAUAUGUAGAGUACAUGUCAAAGGUUCUGUCGUGGAGGUGUCAAGUUUUGAUACCGUGGCAAAGCAAACCGGAAAAAGAGAGGAACUUUUCAUUCCUAAAAUGCCAAAGGGAUUUUAUAAAAAAGACUUCAUUCUCUGGAAGAAUUCCAUGCACCGAGACUUCACUGUUAACAGUUUAUUUUUCGAUCCAUCCGUGAAUAGAAUCUACGAUUAUGCCGAUGCAAUGGUGGACUUAAAAUCCUUACAGUUAAGGACUUUAAUACCAGCACACUUGUCAUUUGAACAGGAUUGUGCGAGGAUGCUGCGCGGCUUGAGACUGGCUGCUCGCCUUAAGUUGUCCUUUUCAAAGGAUAUUGAAAAUGCUAUGCACAAACUCUCAUCGUCCAUAAUGAAAUUGGACAAGUCUAGACUAAUGAUGGAAGUCAACUAUAUGCUGUCUUAUGGAGCUGCAGAGCCUUCUCUUUCUUUACUUCAGAGAUACAACAUCCUUGAGAUGCUACUACCAUUUCAUGCAGCGCACCUUACUCAACAGUCUAACAAACAAUUGGGUGAAAGUUCUGCUAUGCUGAUGAAACUAUUUUCCAGUUUGGAUCAAUUAGUCACCUGUGGUCGACCUUCUCAUGAUAGUUUGUGGGUUGCACUUUUGGCAUUUCAUCUGGCAUUAAUCACUAAACCUCAACAGGCAUUUGUUGUCCUGACGUUUGCUUCUGUGUUGUACCAUGGAAAUUGGAAGGAAGGUGUUAAAUUUGCUAAAAGACAUUCUGAUGCUGCAGCUAUUUAUGCACCUGAAAUUUCAGAUUCUCAAGGCUCCUCCACAUCAGAUGAUGAGCUUGCGGAUAGAGUUACAGAGCUAGCAGUGCUAGUGAAAAAUUCUUUAGACAUUUUGACUGAUAAGGACAGCCUCCGGGACGCAAUGUCCAAGUUUCCAGGUUCCCCAUGCUCUGGUUUGGUAUUUGUAUCGAAGAAAAUGGGGAAGGGCGUUGAAGUAAUUUUUGACAUUCUUGUGGAAGAUGUUACGUCUCUUAAAACCAGGAGGAAUAGUUUCAAAAUAGAUUAUACUCUGCUUGGGAAAGGACAAAUGCGUGAGACAAGGUUUGUUCUUGGCCAAAUCAUCCUUGAUACUAUAGCUCCUGGGAUCAUUCCAGGUGGUGAAGUGAUUAAAAACGAGAAACAUACGCUGGUUAAAGUUGACGCUCAAUCGAGUGUAGAUGAUCCAAGGGAAAAUAUUGGUGGAAAUGUGGAGUUAAAGAAGCGGAAGUUCCAGUGUGAAGAUGAUAAUCAGCCCACUGCAAGUUAUGAAAUUAAACACAAUAGAACUGAGAAGCGAAAGUUGAUUCAAAAGGGGAGCUUUGCUUUAGAGGAGGUAGUAACUAAGAAGCAAAAGUCGGUUAUUGCCCAGCAAUCCAAGAGCAAGGCUGUUGAGAAGCGGGAUUUGAUUGAAUAUGACGAAUCUCUUAAUCAGAAGCUAGAUAAUGAGGAUGCUAUAAAUAAGAAGAAAGCUAAGGGUGAACAUGGUGAGUUGCCUCAGGAUGAAAUAAAAAUGGUUCUUGAAGGGGCGAUGCAUAAAGUGCUGCGUCACAAGAUUGAGCAAAAGGGAAGCAAUAAACAUCAGCAGACUGCCGUAAACCAAUUAAAGCUUUUACUCGACGUUGACAAUGGUGUGACUAGCAAGCAGCACAAUUCCAAAGAGAAGAGUGAUUCUUCACAAGAACAGAAUGAGGAAAGGAACGAGUCAUUAGAUAGCAGAAAACAGAAUUCGCAGGGGCAUAAUUUGUCUUCGGAUAAAAAUAGUAAACCAAAAGCAGCAGGUAAAAGAACACUUUCAAGUCUUUUCAGGUGAGUUUAACUUUGCAUCUUGUAAAUUAUAUCUUCUUCAAAAGGAGGAAGAGCAAUACUAAGAGCUGUGUCUUACCUUGUUCCUAUUUUGCCAUAGGGUAUUAGAUUUCAUGUACAUGGCAAUUGAUCGUGCUAAUUGGUCGCGGUUGCCAUUUUUGACAGUGACAUAAUAUUUCUUAAUUAGUAUAUUGGAAUUGUAGUAGUUCAUAUUCAUGUUUGAA